UCUUUGCUAUAUCGUUGUUGUGACAGUGUUCGUAACUUGACUGCCGGACGUCAGUUGUCAUCAGACCUUCAUCGAAGGUGCAAGUGUAAAUGAAAUAUCGAUAUUUCGGCGUGCCACCCUACGUCAAAACGAAAUGCAUAUAAAAGGAAAAAUCAACAUGUAAAUAACAUUGUUUAACCGUAGUCCGGUUGUGGUUUGUGCAGUGACAAUAUGUGUAUGUGCUAUCCAUAACGUUUAAACUAUGGUGUGGAAACAUAUAUCAAUCAUCGGGCUCGCAUUGGUCGCAGUCUCAGCUUACAGACAGAUACCUCCUUACUCGGGCUACUACGAUUUUUCGGGCUACCCACGAUCAAUUCACCAACAACCAACUUAUGACCAAUCAAAUGACCAACGAUCAACGCUGGAACGACGUAUAGACACCAGGAACGUUGACGUGUAUGACCGAUAUGACAGGGUGCCGAGCGAGAGGUCCAUACCGUUCAGAAGCAGUUCCCAAAGAGUACAAGCUCAAGAGUGGUCAAGGAAUGAUGACGCGGAGCCAAGAAAUGGAAACAUUUCUGUUAAAAUCGGCAAAAGACGAGGUCUGUAUUUUAUAUUAUUCUAGCUCGUUGUGUUCCCAGGGCCGACAUCCCGGUCGGCGUUUGUACCGGAGAUACCAAAGGAGUGCGAAGGCAAGACCAUCUGCGAGACUAUACCCAACUACCCACACGACCAUGUCAACACACUACUCGAUAAGGUAAAUAUGCAUAUGCUUCAUUAUGAACUGAGAAAGAAAAUGAGUAACAUACAAUUUAAUAACUUACAUAACUAGUCCGCCAUUUGGGUUCACCAUAUUGUAUUAUUACAUAUUGUAUUUUAGUAAUCUCAGACAACUAUUUAAUAUGAUGCCUAUACCACGAUAGUAUACAAAAAAUAAUUAUGCCGCCAUCUUG